AUGGACGGCUGCAAACCAUCAUCAGCAACAUCCGGCUUCUUCCAGGCUUCACCUACCAUCCCACCUCAAUAUAGCCGGCCUGGAUCAAGCAGCACCUCCGACCACGACACUUCAGACGACACCGUCCUGUCUCGCAUUCUAUCUAUAUACCUCCCCAAUACGAUCCCGUCCGAGAUAUCCAAGCCCCUACAUGACUUCUCACGACUCGUCCUCCACCCAUCAACACUAGCACACACGGUCGACUGUGACACGGAUGUGCCCACGCUCCACCCGCUGACGACGUUCGGGGAAGAGAACAAAACGAGUCCUCUCCGCACGAGCGAAGGAUGGCGAGCGCUGAAACAGAUCCAAACCCGCGCCGGCGUGGUGGGAUACGGAUACCCGCAUCUCGCGAUCCACCAGAGCUUCAACCGUCGAGUGCAUCAGUUCGCAACGCUGCAUCUGUGGCACGGGUCCUGCGCCGUGACGACGUGUCCGAUGGCCAUGACCGACGGGGCGGCGGUGCUUCUGCGGCGCCACCUCAACGAUUUGGACGGAGACCAGCCGGGACGUGCGGAGGUGUUCGUCGAAUCUUACAAGCGCCUUGUCUCCCUCGACCCAGCCUACGCGUGGACCAGUGGACAAUGGAUGACCGAGCGGUCGGGAGGCAGCGACGUGCGCGGCACCGAGACCGUUGCGCGGCGAAUGACGGCCAAGGAGAUCGAAAGUGAUGUGGUGAGCGGUCGCGAUCGAGACGCCCACGGCCUUCCGCUCGGGCCGUGGCUUGUCGACGGCUUCAAGUGGUUCUCUUCUGCCACGGAUGCCGACAUGGCUGUCCUCCUGGCGCAGACGAGUCGAGGCCUCAGCGCAUUCUACGCACCUCUCCGCCGUUGCGUGGGUGGUUCGUCCCCACUCGGCACGGAGGCCGGGUCAUCCGAGUCGUCAAGACAUGACUUCACCAGUGAAAUGAACGGCGUGCGUCUCCAGAGGUUGAAAUCGAAACUCGGCACAAAAGGCCUGCCGACCGCAGAGCUCGAGUUGAAGGGGAUGCGGGCUUUCCUGAUCGGCACCGAGGGUCAGGGCGUCAAGGAAAUCAGCGCCGUCCUCAACAUCACGCGGCUGUAUACCGCCAGUGCUGGGGCCGGCUAUCUUGCACGUGGCCUGGCUGUGAGCCGCGCAUACACGCACGUACGGCGAGUCCGGGGCGGCCAGCUACUAUGCGACAAUGCUCAGCAUUUGGCCUGGAUGGCCGACGAGAGCGUCAAGUACCGCGCCCACACACACCUGGUCUUCCUGGGCGUCGCGCUGCUCGGCGCCAGCGAGCAGGGUCACGAGGCUGUUGUGGCGAGUACACGCGCUGGAGUUCUGAUUCCGCGCAACAAAGAAACCGUCGACACGCUACUGCGCAUCCUCACGCCUGUCAUGAAGGCUCAGGUGACCCUGAACAGUGUAUCGGGUCUGCGGGCGUGUAUGGAGUCGCUGGGAGGCGUUGGAUACUGCGAGAACAACGAUGACGGAGGCGUUCUCAACAUAGCCCGAUUGUUCCGCGACAGUGUCGUCGGUACCAUUUGGGAGGGCACCACGAGCGUCAUGGCGGAAGACGUCGUGAGAGUCCUCAAGAACCCGAAAGUCAAGGUCAGUGUGCUUGACCGCGUUUUUGGCGCUUGGAUGCGUGCCGUGCUCGCGGCUGUGGAUCCGACCUUCUCCAAGGAGUGCGAGACUGUGAACAAUCGCUAUGAUGCUUUGCAGAAUUUGGUCGACAAACUGGACGCUGACCAGCUGCACCGCCGUGGAAGGGAGGUUCUGGACCAUAUCGAGGCCAUCGCUUGCGCGUGUCUCCUUAUGUAUGAUGCGUCGGUCGAUAGAGACAUUGCCGCCAUGGCGGUUGCUAGGAGGUGGAUUGUGACCAACGCUUUACCAUUGGAUAAGGUACAACAAGACAGUUCGGGAGAUUGGACCAAAGAGGUCGAUCUCGACCGGAGGAUAUAUCUCGGGCCAGACGCUGUGUCAUUGAUGACUGUACAGGCGAAGCUCUAA